GCUCUCAGUGAGUCAAUUACAGACACAGACACAAAAUCUAUAUUUAUAUUUUAUAGCUGCUAGUUUAACUGUUUCAAUUGUUUUGAGAAAUUUUUAAAGUUCGCUAAUCAAAAUGCCGUAUCUUUAUGGCAUAGCGGACACCAAGUUUCUGGUCAAGAAGAGCAGCAAGGUCGAGACGGCAAAUGUUAGCAAAACUUUUCUGCCACCCGUCAAGUUCCGACGCAAUCAUGUCAUACCCGAACGCAUCAAGUUCAAUCCACAUGAGUGGCCCAUUCAGUUUCGCAUCAGUGCAGCGACUCUCGUCGAGCUCUGCAUCAAUGUUGUGGACAAAAUGCCAAUAUCAUCGGUCUAUGAAUGGGAUGACAUGGACAUAAGACGUUGGAUAUGCCGCUAUGGCUAUCCGCAGUACAUGAACACCUUCCGGAUCAACAUGAUCAGCGGCAGAAAACUGUUGCUGCUGGACGCCGAUGCCUUGCAAGCGAUGAAUAUCAAGGAUUUCGAUCACAUUCGCCACAUCAGUUAUGGCAUUCGCAUGCUCUUCCACUUUGAGUUGACCAAGUUCUCGCACAGCAUUUCGCUGCCCGACGAGAAGCCCAACGAGCUCUAUUUGCUGUGGCACACACAAACGGGUGUGGGUUACGAUAAAGUGCGCCGAUCGGAUUUGUAUAGACGCAUGAAGCUAAUACGUGAGCGUGCCCUCAAUCUCGAUCAUUGGGACAUGCUUGAAAUGUGGCUGCGACGUGAACGUGAACGCAAAUACACUGAAUUGAUUGCCCUGGUGCCGCGUGUCAAUCUGUUCGGGUGCCCCAAGGAUGAGACGAUCACGCAGCAUGUGAUACCCGAGAGUCUGUCGGAACGUUUGUGUGAUCUCUGCAUUCCACCCUGCGACUGCAACUGGACAGCGAAGGACACCUUGCUGCCUUGGCGUUUGAGUUGCCUGCGUAAGGGAUUGCCGCCUUCGCACAGUCGUUGGGUGGCCAACGAGCGGAAGUGCAAGCUCUGCAUACCGCCCUGCGAAUGCAGUUGGCCAUCGCGUUAUUAUCUCACCGGUACAGUCAUCAAGUGUCUGCAGCACAAUUUCCCCGAGAAGUUUUCGCCCAUCUUCGAUGAACGCAUCACGACGGUGGUGCGUCCCAGCUUGAUAGAACGUUGGACUCGUUUCUCAUUUUAGUUGAUAGCUGGAGUAUAUUGGCAUCAAAUGUAUUUUAUAAUUAUAAUUGCUUCAAUUUUAUCUAAGCAUCGAACAGUCACAGCACAAGUGUUAUACUGGCAUACUGUGCGCGUGUAUGUGGGUGGGAAAAACACACACAAGAUAAACUAUGUACGUUGGGUGAGCAAAGAACUAUUCGACUGUGAAAUACCCUGUCUUGAAAUGCGGAAUAAACAAAAAUUAGUUUUAUA